AUGCUCAUCUGGCUCAUCGAGUGGUGGGGCCGCGUCGAGGUCCGGCUCUACGGCGAUCCCAAGGAUCACGCAUAUUACGGCAAGGAGAGCGCCUUGUGUGUGAGCAACCACCGCAGCGACGUUGACUGGGCCAUCGGCUGGGUUUUCUCCCAGAGGUGCGGCUGCCUUGGAGGCACGCGGGCGUUGAUCAAGGAGGAGGCCAAGUGGAUGCCUGUGAUUGGCUGGUCCAUGUGGUUCUCCGAAUACCUCUUCAUCGCCCGUAACUACGCCACCGACCAACGGAGAAUACUCGACGGCUAUGCGCGGCUGCGCAGCUUCCCGCGGUUCUUCUGGGUGGCGCUGUUCAUGGAAGGCACGCGCUUCACACCUGAGAAGCUCAAGGCGGCGCAGGAAUACGCCAAGGAGGCGGGGCUACCCAUCCCCCGCCACGUGCUCGUGCCCCGCACCAAGGGCCUGGUGAUGUCAGUGGAGCAGAUGCGGGGCCAUGCGGGGGCUAUCUAUGACUUCACCGUUAACUACCCCGUGGGGAAGAACCCCCCAACGUUCGCUAACAUUUUCAAGCGCAAGGCCUCGCAGAUUGACGUGUACUAUGAGCGGGUCCCCAUGGACCAAAUCCCUCAGGAUGCAGAGGGCAUCUCCAAGUGGUGCCAAGAAUCAUUCGUGAAAAAGGACAAGAACCUGGAUUAUUAUGUUGAACACAAUGGCUUUGAUGAGAAGCUGAGGCUCAACACAACCAAGUGUCCGAAAAGCAUUCUGCACACGUGCUUCUGGACGGUUUUAAACUUUGUGGUGUAUGGCUGGAUCUUCACUCGGAACUUAUCAUCGAUUACCUUCACAUGGGCAACUCUUGGAUGGAUCGCUGUCGGUGUGGCUGCUGUACUCGCGGUCGUUCAGGUGCUUCUCAGGUUUACCCAAUCAGAGCACUCCACACCGGCAUCUCGCCUUAAUCGUGCUAACGUGAACGGACAUGAGGCACCCGCGCCAUCCGCUCCAGAGCCGCCGAAACCCAAAGAACCAGAGAAGCCUCCGCCCGCGCAGGGCGAGGCCGCGCUGAUGGGGCUGGACAUUCCAGCAGCGCCGUUUGAGCUGCGCACGUUCAAGUUCAAGGAGCUGCACAAGGCCACGCAGGCCUUCAAAGAGCCCGACAACGUGCUGGGAGAAGGCGGGUUCGGCAAGGUGUACAAGGGGUUUCUCAAGGACUGGGAGGGCAGCAAGGACGCUUUUCCCAUCGCUGUCAAGAAGCUUAAUCCGAACAGCUUCCAGGGCAAACAGGAGUGGCUGGCGGAGAUUCUGCUUCUGGGUCGCGUGCGCCAUCAGAACCUGGUGAAGCUUCUUGGAUACUGCGCGGAGAACGGGGAGGGUAUGCUGGUGUACGAGUUUCUAGGCAAGGGCAGUCUGGACUACCACCUCUUCCCUGAGCCCAAGGAGGACGACCCCACGCCCCCCACGCCGCUCCCAUGGGAGGUGCGGCUGCGCAUUGCGCUGGAUGCUGCUGCAGGCCUGGCGUACCUGCAUGAGAACAACGUGAUUCACCGCGACUUCAAGGCCCCUAACAUCCUGCUUGACGAUGACUGGUCCGCCAAGCUGACGGAUUUCGGGCUGGCCAAGGGGGCAGACACGGACCAAACCCACGUGACGACGCGCAUCAUGGGCACCAUGGGGUACCUCGACCCCAAGUACAUGGAAACCGGCCAGCUCACCCGCAAAUCCGACGUCUACGCCUUCGGAGUUAUGCUCCUCGAGCUCCUCACAGGGAAACGCGCCAUGGAUCAGACCCAGCAGGGCAUGCCGCCUCUCACGGCCUGGGCACAGCAGUAUUUGAACCAGCGCAAGCCGGAUAUCGGUGCGUUGGUUGACCCGUGUCUGCUGGACCAGUUUACGACGAAGGCGGCGCAGCGGGCGGCGCAUAAGUUGGCAAUUUCGGCGAAGCAUUGUAUUGAGGAGGAUCCGAAUCUGCGGCCGCUGAUGAGUGAUAUGGUGGAGACGCUUCGUCCCCUCGUGGCGGCGGCACAGGAACAGUCCGCUGCUGCUGCUGCCAGUGCUGGAGGGGGCGGGGAGUAG